GUGUGAGCCCCACCUAGUAAAUACAGAGGGAGGAAAGUAUGAGAUGAGGUGCAGGCUUUUCUUAGUAUCGCCCUACCUGCGGAUCUUAGGUACAAACACACCACUCCAGGUGUCUCCGUAGUGUCAACAGCUCGUGUUUUUCGGAUAAUCUUGGAGUAGGCAGUGGUCUGAAUUAAAGCAACCUACAUGACUACACACUGAGUAGGCAUCAAUGCCCCGACACAUUGUGUGUUGCAGCCAAAUUGAGCCUGGGUUGAGGGGAAACAAAGGAUUAAAGGAAGAAAACCUUCCAAGGACACAUCAGGAGGAACUAAAUAGCUGGUGGAUAUUUCCAAAAUGAGUCCAGCCUUUUUACCGGAAGAUCACAAGUUGGCAUUCUCGCUUGUCCUGCUCUUUCACGUCCCCUUCGUAUGCUUAUCCCAAUCAACAGGAAACAUUAGUAAUGAGACGACAAACAAUGACUUAUCGAAUUCCACUGCACAGAAGGCUGUUCCAGGCUGCCGUCCAGGACUAGAUCCUCUCUAUCGAUACCUGUGUGACCGCAGAGCCAUGUGGGGCAUCAUCCUAGAGACUCUGGCCUCAUCUGGUUUCCUCUUCACUAUGUUCCUCCUUCUCGGCCUCCUCCUCUGGUCCCUGUGGAUCUGCGUCUCCUUACGACAACAGCGUAGCAGCAUAGGGAGCAUAGUAGCUUGCAUGAGCAUGUUUUUGUUGGCUACAGGUGGCAUCUUUGCUAUCACCUUCUCCUUCAUCAUCCAGCUCAGCCCUCAGACGUGCCCCACAAGGAUCUUCCUCUUCAGCGUCUUCUUCUCCUUGGGCUUCUCUUGCUUGUUGGCUCGAUGCCUGGCUUUGAUAGGCUUCGCGGCCGCUCGAGGUUGGGGUGAGCCCGCCAUGGCUUUGGGACUUUUCAUCAUUCAGGUGAUCAUCUCCACCGAGUGGCUCAUACUGGUCAUGGUGCGGGAUAAGAAGCCCUGCGAGUACAGCCAAGAGGAGUUUGUCAUGUUGCAGAUCUACGUCCUGUGCCUCCUGGCUAUCAGCUUGAUUCUGUCAAUGCACUUCCUCUGUCGCUCCUGCGUCACGUACAACUACAGGUACGCGGGGGCAUUUCAUCAGCAGAGCCGGCAACAGGCCGUGCUCCUCUUCCUCACGCUCCUGCUCUCCGCCGGCAUCUGGGUGACAUGGAUCGCGAUGCUCACCAGAGGCAAUUCCAAGUUGAGCCGUCGGCCGCAGUGGGACGACCCGACGCUCGCCGUGGCCUUGGUGGCCAAUGGUUGGGUGUUGUUAAUGGGACACGGCUUGUCGCAAGUUGCCUUCCUGUGCAGGGGCGAGGCCAAAUCUAAGGAGAUCCCUCUGAGCUUUGCGGGCUGGACCAGUCCCAAUAAUGACAUGCCAGGGUUGAACAGUCCCAAGGCGGGAACAGAGAAUGGGAGCUUUGAGAAUGAGCCUGAUAAAAGAAAAGGCCGGAGAGUAGAUCCAACACUGCAAUCACCCUACGAGUCCGGAUUCUCCAUGACCGGAAUUGACCCCAAUAAGGAUUAUACCAUUCCUCGCCCACAGACCACCAACUAUGGGGAACCAUAUGAUGACUAUUAUGGACAAUUUUAGAUUUUCUGGCACAAAGAUGUACAGCAAAUAUAUGUUUAUUUUGUUUGGUUGUUCAUUUACUUUGUACAAAAGGAAUUCACGCAUUGCUUGAUUUGAACAUUUGCAUAGAUGUAAUAAAGUCCUGGAAAGAAACUAAAGCAAGAAUCAAAAUUCAUGUUGUGUACUGCCACAGUUUGACAGUUUCUCAACUCACCCCUGCCUGCAGGCCUGUACAUACAUUGAGGAGCAGAAGUAUUUGCAAGUUCACCCACUUAGAAAAUACGUAGCGGUCUGAAAUUUAAAUCAUACAUGCAUUUCCACUCAUAGAGACAUAAUCUUUAAAAAAAAAUUCAGAAAUCACAUUGGAUGUUUUUUUUAAAUAAUUUAUUUGUAAUUUACUGGGGUUCAUAAGUAUUUUUACCUCUGAGAAACAGCAAUAAUUAUUACACUCAAAGAGUUGUCAGUCUACAUUAAAAAAAAAAAAAAAGUCCACCUCUGAGUAACCACCCACCACCUGUUUGAACUCAUUAUUAUUACCUGUGCAUCCCACAGUCAGUCAUAAUCCAACUGCUACCAUGGGCAAGACCAGAAAGCUUUCGAAAGACACCAGAGAAAAAAAUUGUUGAGCUCCACAAAGCUGGAAAAGGCGAUGGGACAAUUGGAAAGCAGCUUGGUGAGAAUAAAUUAACAGUCCCAGCAAUUGCUAGAAAGAAAGGUUCAAUAUUACUGAUAAUCUACCUCGGACUAAGGCUCCAUGUAAAAUCUCUCUUUGUGGGGCAUCACUUAUAAUGAGAAAAGUGAGGGCUGAGCCUAGAACUACACGGCAGGAGCUGGUCAAUGACCCGAAGAGAGGUGGAUGCACAAUUUCAAAGGCUACUGUAAGUAGUACACUACGGUGCAAUGGUUUAAAAUUAUGCAUUACUCAGAAGGUUGCCCUGUUGAAGCCAGUACAUGUGAAGUCCCGUCUGAGGUUUGCCAGGGACCAUCUGAGUGAUGCAGAGGGAUCAUGGGAGAAAGUUAUGUGGUCAGAUGAGAACAAAGUAGAGCAUUUUGGUGCAAAAUUUACUCUUCGUGUGUGGAGGAAAAAGAAGGAUGAGUACAAUCCCAAGAACAGCAUCCCCACUGUGAAGUAUGGGGGUGAUAAUCUCAUGCUUUGGCGCUGCUUUUCGGCAAAGGGCAAGGGGACGACUUUACUGCCUAAGGCAGCGGAUGAAUGGUGUAAUAUACGGUUAAAUCUUAGCCACAACCUCGUUCCCUCAGUCAGAGACUUGAAGAUGAUUCAUGGUUGGAUCUUCCAACAUGACAAUUGUCUGAAGCACACAGCCAUGCUGACCAAGGAGUGGCUGCGUAAAAAUCAUAUCAAGGUUCUGGAGUGGUCCAGCCACUCUCCAGACCUCAAUUCAAUAGAAAAUCUUUGGAUGGAGUUGAAACUUUGUGUUUCUCAACGACAGCCUCAAAACCGAUCUAGAGAAGAAUUGUGUGGAGGAAUGGGCCAAAAUCCCUGUUUCCAUAUGUGAAAACCUGGUAAAGAACUACAGAAAGCGUUUGACCUCUGCAAUUGCAAACAAAGGUUUCUGCUCUAAAUAUUAGCAAUGAUUUUCAAUGUGAUACAAUGCGAGUUCCGGAUUCUUUUAUUUUAUUCUAUUUUUUAGAUUAUAUCUCUAUAAAUGGAAAUGCAUCUAUGAUUGAAAUUUCAGACAUCUACCUAUUUUCGAAGUGGAUGAACUUGCAAAAUCACAAGGGGUGCAAAUACUUCUGCUCCUUCCUGUAUAUUUGUGUAGUGCAGUUUGAAUUGGUUCUACUGUGUAUAGCAUACAACACAAAUUUUACAGCAGCGUGUAAAGCAGUGUUAUACCUUGGGACUAGAAUACCCCAAAUAAGAUGCGCAGUAUAAUAUUGUGCAUUACAUUUUCUAUACUGCAGUGCAUAAUCCUGUCAUCUCGAGACAUAAUUCUAACUGCAGACAUAAUUCUAACUGCUGUUGCAUCUAUAUGCAAACCUGAUAAGCCACAUCACACGUAUUCAAGCCUGAGACGAUAUUAGCAGUCCGGAAAUGAUGGAGCGGGAGGAGGACUGUCAAUCAGUAGACAUGAGUGCACAGCAGUAGCUGGAAGGGCAGACAGGAGCAAGAUUAGAUUCCGUGCUCCAUACAUUCACUGAUUAACAUCUUCAUUUUAAAAUGUAAUCUAUAAUGUUCCUGGUCUAUGAUAAUGUUGUCAAUAAAGGUUUCUUAAUAUACAAA